AUGACUUAUUCUUUGAAGUAUGAAACCGAUCUAAAUUCUUCCGAUUUUAAGUCUCAAGCAUUUUCUCUUUUACCUGACUUAAGAGCCGCAACACCUUUAGCCCUACUACAAUUAAUUACAACAUAUUCUUUGCGUGCUGAAUAUCCAAAUGUCGAAAUAGCUUUACGCAUAUUUUUGACUUUGCCAAUAAUUGUGGCGACGUGUGAAAGAUCAUUCAGUAAGUUAAAGCUCAUAAAAAACUAUUUGAGGUCGACUAUGGGACAAGAUCGAAUAUCUGAUAUGGCUAUUUUAUCUAUUGAACAUACAGUGGUAAAUACUUUAGAUAUAAACAAACUUAUUGAAGACUUUGCUGGGAAAAAAGCUAGAAAAAUUGCAAUUUAA